UUAUGUCCCAGUGAAGAUCAGAGAAGGGGGGAGUGAGAGAAGUGAGGGACUGGGAGUGUUGUGUGAAAAGAGUGCAGGGCAACGAGCGAGACAAAAGAGGCUGCGGCUGCAUUGAAUGUGCUGGUGGUGUGUCCGUCUCCGAAGCCACAAGCAAGCCCACAUUUCCCCCUGGCCUUUAUGCUAUAGACGGCGAGAAUAUAUACCGGGGAAGGGAAACCGUUUGCGAUACUGUAAUUGUCGGAAGUGCGAAGUUGAGGACUUGGAAGAAACCCCUCGGACCGCCGGGUGCAUCUCUCCUUUUACUACACGUCGAGUGCAGUGCAGUGUGGGUUGGAGAUAUAACCCAGAACAAAGGAGUCUUGAAGCAAGGAAUGAGCGAGCCGAGACUAGCUUUGCCAUUACCUUUGAAACCAGGCCAAAUGCCUCUCUGAAACCGACAAUAGCACAUCGUCUGCUCUUACUUCUCGACGAACCUUUUCGCCCUCAGAGAGAGAAAGAAGAUAGGGGGAAAAACACAGAGAGACGUACACGCAUAAGUCGGCGGCUACAAUGUUUCCUCAAAACCGACCACCGGCACCUCUGCAGCCACCUCCGGGGUCCUCAGCCUCUGCCGCGGCGGCUGCUGCUGCUGCAGCAGCAGCAGCCGCCUCCGGGACACCCCAGUCACUGAAACUAACCUACCCAGAAACUCUGGACCGCAUCAAGGAGGAGUUCCAGUUCCUCCAAACCCAGUACCACAGUUUGAAGCUGGAAUGUGAGAAACUGGCCACAGAAAAGACUGAGAUCCAGAGACACUACGUUAUGUAUUAUGAGAUGUCCUAUGGCCUUAACAUUGAAAUGCACAAACAGACGGAGAUUGCCAAGCGGUUGAACGUGAUCUGUGCUCAGCUCAUCCCAUUCCUGUCACAGGAGCACCAACAACAGGUGGUCCAGGCCAUGGAGCGCGCCAAGCAGGUGACUAUGGGGGAGUUAAAUGCGUCGAUAGGGGUACGUGGACUCCCCCCUCUGCCUCAUACACAGCAGCUUCAGGCUCAGCACCUCUCCCAGCAUGCCCAGGGCCUGCCAAUGGGUCCGCACCCGUCAGGACUGCCCCACCCUGGCCUGGCGCUAGGCGGGGGGUCUGGCCUGUUGGCCCUCUCCGGGGCGCUGGGUGCCCAACUGGCUGCCAAGGAUGAGAGGGCCCACCUAGAGGCAGCAGCUGCCGCCGCUGCAGCAGAGCACCACAGAGAUCGUGAAGCAGGACCGAGCUCUCUGUCCAACGGGGAUAAGGGUCGCGCGGCAGACUACCUCAGCAACGGGAAGAAGAGGAAAGCCGACGAAAAGGAGUUCAUGACAGACUAUGGCAGCGAUGCGGAUAAGAGUGAUGAUAAUUUGGUGGUGGAUGAGGACCCGUCGUCCCCACGCAGCGUGCAGUCCUACUCGUCCAGGGAGAACGGCCUGGACAAGAUGCCCCCGUCCCGCAAAGAAGGCCCCCCGCAGGCCAGCCCCACCUCGCUGGCCUCCUCCAGCAGCGCUGCCUCCCCCUCCCGCAGCAAGGAGCCCCCACAGAGGGAGAAAUCCAGCACCCCAGGCAUGAAACCAGGGACUCCCAUGUCUCAAGAGUCCAACACCCCAGGACCCAGCGGCCCCCCGCAGUUCCGCCCGGUCCCUGGCAAGCCUGGUGUGGACCCACUGGCUCUGGGUCUGAGGAACCCCCUGGCAGUGCAGGGUGCCUACCCCCCCGGGGCUUUCGGCCUGCCCCCUCCAGGGGUGAACGGGGAGCUGCCCGGGGCGGCAGGCUACGGCGCCGGCCUCCACCUGGUCUCCCCCCAGAUGAAUGGAUCUGCAGCGGCUGCCGCCGCCGCUGCAGCCGCCGCCGGCUACGGACGACCCCCCGUGGUAGGUUAUGAGUCCCCGCACCCGCAUAUGAGGGUCCCCGGGCUGCCUGCCAGCCUGCAGUCGGCCGCCUCAGGAAAACCCGCCUACUCGUUCCAUGUGAGCGCGGACGGCCAGAUGCAGCCGGUGCCCUUCCCCCCCGACGCCCUGCUGGGCCCGGGCAUCCCGCGCCACGCCCGUCAGAUCCACACCCUGAACCACGGAGAGGUGGUGUGCGCCGUCACCAUCAGCACCUCCACGCGCCACGUCUACACCGGAGGCAAGGGCUGCGUCAAGGUGUGGGACAUCAGCCAGCCGGGCAGCAAGAGCCCCAUGGCCCAGCUCGACUGUCUGAACAGGGAUAACUACAUCCGCUCCUGCAAGCUGCUCCCCGACGGGCGGACCUUGAUUGUGGGCGGGGAGGCCAGCACGUUGUCGAUCUGGGACUUGGCCACGCCCACUCCGCGCAUCAAGGCGGAGCUAACGUCGUCUGCCCCGGCCUGCUACGCUCUGGCCAUCUCCCCUGACAACAAGGUCUGCUUUUCCUGCUGCAGUGAUGGAAACAUCGUGGUCUGGGACCUUCACAACCAGACCCUGGUCAGGCAGUUCCAGGGUCACACAGACGGGGCGAGCUGCAUCGACAUCUCCAACGACGGCACCAAGCUGUGGACGGGAGGGCUGGACAACACGGUCCGCUGCUGGGACCUCCGAGAGGGACGGCAGCUGCAGCAGCACGACUUCACCUCGCAGAUCUUCUCUCUGGGCUACUGUCCGACAGGCGAGUGGCUGGCUGUGGGCAUGGAGAGCAGCAAUGUGGAAGUGCUGCACGUCUCCAAACCUGAUAAGUACCAGCUGCACCUCCACGAGAGCUGCGUGCUCUCCCUCAAGUUCGCCUACUGCGGUAAAUGGUUCGUGAGCACAGGCAAAGAUAACCUCCUGAACGCGUGGCGGACGCCUUACGGAUCCAGCAUAUUCCAGUCCAAGGAGUCUUCGUCGGUCCUUAGCUGUGAUAUCUCCCCUGACGACCAGUUCAUCGUCACCGGCUCCGGGGACAAGAAGGCCACAGUCUACGAAGUCAUCUACUGAAGAGAAGUCUCAUUGGCUGAAAAUAAGUAAAUAAGUAAUCAGGGGGUGGAGCCCAGGCUCCCCCCUGCACCAAUGACUGUACAGAGAGUCGGCGGCAUGGAAACAAGAGACACUCACUUGUACUUUGUUGUUUUGUUUACGUUUGUGAAAAGGAUGACAGAGAGUAGGAGAGAGAAAGAGAAAGAAGCAAGGGGCACAAAGUCACAUCUCUGGAAAAAAAAACAAACUUUGUUUUUAAUGCUCUGAGAACGCUGGUUAGUCUAUAGCUGCGCAAUUGUGGGAUUCCUCCAAAGAACUUUUUUUUUUUUCGUUUUUUGUUUUUGUUUCUUUUCCUUUUUUUAACAAAAUAAAACCUCUGUAGUGAACAAGAAAUUAGCAAAAAAAAAAUCUUAUUUUUUUAGGCUUUGAAUUUCUCAAACAGUUGGACCACAUUAAGUGGAUAGAAGGAAAGGAAGAGGCAGACAGACAGACAGAAAGGACAGAGGAAGUGUGGAAAGGGGAGGCCUGGAAGCUCAAAUGGAAAAAUACAGUCCAUACUCCUGUGCUGUGUAACGUCCCAGCCUGGGUCAGCUUGGCCCGGCCCGGCCCGGUCCUCCAGCACAUGGCUGCUCCUCGGGGUAGCAGAUGCGUGGCAGAUGGCAGGACAGUAUGCUGUGAGGUUCCAACUAUUUUUUUCCUCCUGGUUAGGUUUCAGCAGCAACAUGAUUGUAUUGUCUCUGGUACAUACAUGAAAAGGGCUGGGUUUCCCCCAACGUGUCCUAAGAGCAAGUUCAUUUUUCCAAAAGAACAAAGAUGAACUUCUUCUUGAGGCGCUUUUCGGAAACUCGGCCCCCGAACAGAACAGAAAACCACUACCCAAGGACACAAACAAGACAUCAGUGCUCAUAACAGGUACUCUUCAAGUUCAGGGAAGUGGCUACUACGACAUCAUCAUCAUUAACACUCAACAUUCAGUGUGUUUUUCUAUUGUAUUUGUUAGGGCACAUAGGCAGACAGGUAUUUUCACAACUGCAUCGUGAACCUUGACCUUGCUAUAUAUGGACAUGUAAAUAAAGUUCUCUAAAGGCAAACAGA